AUGUUCUUCUCUUUUCUUUUGCUCUUUCUUUCUAAGUUUUCCCUUCUCCUUUCUUUCUUACAAUUUGCCUCUUCGUCUUUUGCUUUUGUAGCUGUUCUCGUUUUCUUUCGUGAUCUCGUGCUUGCUUUUUUUUCUUCUCAUUAUUGCGACUUAACCUUCUUUUUCUUUUUUUUUUGCAUAUCGCCUUUAUUUCUCUGUUUCUUUCAUUUGCACUUCACCAUAUUUGGACGUACGUCGUCGCCUUCUUCUUCUUCAUGUUCUUUCUUUCUUUCUUUCUUUCUUUCAUUUUUCUCUUUUGUUCUUUUCUUUCCUUCCUUCCUUCCCUCCCGUUACUUCCUUCCUUCUAUCAUUCCUUCCUUCUUUCCUUCCUUCCUUCCUUAUAAGACUCCAGCUAUCCAAGUCUUCUUCUUUCUUUCUUUCUUUCUUUCUUUCUUUCUUUCUUUCUUUCUUUCUUUCUUUCUUGUUCUUUUCCUUCCUUCCUUCCUUCCUUCCUUCAUUUUCUGUUACAAGCAUUUUUUGUUUUUAAUUCUAUUUUUCAUUUUUCUCUCUCGUUCUUUUCAUUCCUUUCUUUAUCUCUCCCUCUCUCCCCAACUUCUUUCCAUCCUUUAUUCCUUCCGUUAUUUCUCUCAACUGUUCUGUUCCUUCCUCCCUCUCUCCCGUUCUUUUCCUUCCUUCCUUCCUUCCUUCCUUCCUUCCUUCCGUUCUUUUCCUUCCUUCCUUCCUUCCUUCCUUCCUUCCUUCCUUCCUUCCUUCCUUUUCCUUCCUUCCUAUAAGACCCCAGCUAUCCCAGUCUUCUUCUUCUUCUUCUUCUUCUUCUUCUUCUUCUUCUUUUUCUUCUUCUAUUUGAUUGUGUUAAUAUCUAUCUAUCUAUCUAUCUAUCUAUCUAAUUCUGUCAAUAUCUAUCUAUCUAUCUAUCUAUCUAUCUAUCUAUCUAUCUAUCUAUCUAUCUAUCUAUCUAUGUAUUGA